GUCACGUUGACCCCAUCGACGAUAGAUCGAGCCAGGACAGUCACCGUCACGAGGACAGAAACUAGGGAAACCACAACCACCGCCACUACGACGGCGACUGCUGUCGUGACAAGCCCGACGACGACGACGCUGCGAGAAGUCUCAACCACCACUGCACUCGUCACUCAGACCAUCACGAGAACGACCACGGCGCCCUGCUCAGCUCUCAACUGUCCCAAGGUCACCUCUACCGGUACCAUCUGCAAGAGCUGCUUCGUCGCGCAAUGUACUACCACUUCGUCCAUUACAAAGUCUUGCGGCUGCUCUGUCCUCUCAACUGCGUCCGUCGACUUUGAGUGUGAAGAGGCUGAUGUUUGUAAUAAGAUUGGGUGCAGGACUGUGUAUGCAGUUGCAACUCCUGUGUGCUAG